AGCUUGAUACCGAGGAAGGCAAAGCAGCGAGGGAUCUUGUAGCGACACCACCCAGAGUCAAAGACUGUCCGCUCGUUCUUAAUUUUGUGAGUCAGUGAAGUCCAGAUGCAUGAGUCUCGGUCAGAACCAGCAGGCCACACCACACAAACAAGUCAGGCAGAGAGCAGAAACCCUACUGAGAAUGAGAGUCGACUGAAGAGUAGCCAGACUCCUCCUGCAGAGGCACCCAGGGUUCCAGUGUCACUGCCUGUGAUGACCCCACCAGCAGAGGCUCCGCAGCAGAUGCAGCAGACGCCGCAGCAGCAGCAGGUUCUCAGUCCUCAGCAGAUCCAAGCGCUGCUCCAGCAGCAGAAGGCACUCAUGUUACACCAGCAACAGAUUCAAGAGGUCUUUAAGAAUCAGCAAGAACAGAUCAACAUGCAGCUGCUGCAACAGAAGAAUGCUGGGAUGGUUAGUCAAGAGCUGACAGCCCAGCAGAUCGCCAUUCAGCAGCAGCUCCUUCAGGUGCAGCAGCAACAUCUGCUCAACCUGCAGAGGCAAGGCCUGCUGUCUGUGCUUCCUACCAGCCCCACCGUAGCUCCAGGCUGUGAGAAUGGCAGCGUCCUCUCGUCUGGAGACAGCAGAGAGUCUUCCAGUCAGUCCGCCACCAACGGUCACCACACUCUUUUGAAGAGAAAAGAAAGUGGCUCGCUGGAUGAAAACUCACAGAACAGCCAUCCUCUGUAUGGAAACGGCAUGUGUAAAUGGCCCGGCUGUGAGACGGUUUUUGGAGACUUUCAGGCAUUCCUCAAACAUUUGAACAGUGACCAUACACUUGAUGACAAGAGUACAGCACAGUGCCGCGUACAGAUGCAAGUUGUUCAGCAGCUGGAACUGCAGCUGAAGAAAGACAAAGAGCGUCUGCAAGCCAUGAUGGCCCAUCUGAAGUCCUCUGAACCCAAACCUGCAGUACAGCCUGUGAACCUGGCAUCCAAUUUAACUUUCUCCCCUGGAACACUGGCUAAAGGCCCUCCCCCGAUGAGCCUUUCCCAGAGUGCCACAGCACCGUCCACACCCUUGACCCCACUCUCCGAGUCCCCCUCAGUCCUCACUCCCAAUAGCAUGUUCACUGGAACCCCCGUACGGAGACGAUACAGCCGCUCUGUGAGCCAAGAUAUAAUUGAUAAUAAGGAGUUCUACUUGAGCACAGAAGUUAGACCUCCUUUCACGUAUGCAUCUCUCAUAAGACAGGCUAUUUUUGAAUCUCCUCGCAAUCAGCUGACGUUAAACGAAAUCUACAACUGGUUCACUAGAAACUUUGCAUAUUUUAGGCGCAAUGCAGCUACAUGGAAGAACGCCGUCAGACACAAUCUGAGUCUGCACAAAUGUUUCGUGCGUCUGGAGAACGUGAAAGGAGCCGUGUGGACCGUAGACGAGAUCGAGUUUCACAGACGGCGGCCGCAGAAAGCUGCCGGGAACGGAUCUCUGCUGAAAAACUCUCAGAACCGCCAGAGCUUAGCUGGCUCUGCUCUGCAGAGUAUUGGUCUGGACUCUGUGUUCAACCCAGCCUCGAUGGGCAGCAUCCCCCUGCACUCCCUGCCUCACAUUCUGCAGGAGCAGAUGAACGGAGCUCUGGCUAACGGGUCUGGAUACCAAAGUGACAGCAGUGCAACACAGUCCCCCCCUCAAGCUUUUAUCAAAGAGGAGCAGGAGGACGAGGAGAUUGGUGAAAACUAUCCCUACGAGUCUCCAGAGAGCACAGAUGAGCACGGCCACAGUCCGGAGAUGAUCCCAGACGACUUCAGCAGCAGCCCGGAGCGGUGCAACCUUCAUCUGGACCGCGUGCCUUCUCUCUGACGACGAGGUCCGA